AUAUUUUUAGUUAUUAAUGUCACAGAUAUCAAAAUAUUAAUUACAAGGGAAAAUUGGAUCUGGUGUUUAUGGUGAUGUCUAUAAGGCAAUUAAUACAUAAACAGGAAAAAUUGUGGCAAUAAAAAAAAUAAAGAAACAGGUUUUCUAUAAUUUUUAAUAUAGUCACAAGAUUAAGGGAUAUCUUCAGUUGCAUUGAGAGAAACAUCUAUAUUAUAAACAGUAUAAUGUGAAAAUAUAGUGAAGUAAGUAUUAAAAAUGAUAAAAGAUUGAUUGAAAUUGAAUAUGUUUAAGGAUGCAUAAGAUUAGUAAUGGAAUUCUAUGAUGUUGAUUUAGAUACAUAUUUGAAAUCAAACAGAUUGGAAAUGAAUAAGAUUUAAGUAAUUAUGAUAGAUUUCUAAAUAGGAAAUAUUACAUGGAAUAUUGAAAGGGAUGAAUGAAUGUCAUAGAAAGAAGUGUAUGCAUAGAGAUCUGAAACCAUAAAACAUAUUAAUAAGUAAGGAUGGUAAUAUUUUAUGGAAAUUCUAUUUUUAAGGAAAAGUUAAAAUAGGAGAUUUUGGAAUGGCUAGAUCUUUUCAAUAGAUGCCUGGAGCUUUUACAUUUGAAGUGAUUACAUUAUGGUAUAGACCACCAGAACUGUUACUUUCAACUACUUGUUAUACAACAGCUAUAGAUGUGUGGUCGAUUGGAUGCAUAUUUGCUUAAAUGAUUCUUAGAGCACCUUUAUUUGCUGGGGAUAGUGAAAUAGAAUAGAUGUAAUUGAUAUGUGAAAAAAUAUCUUUUAAAUAAGAUAAUGCUUAAGUUUUAUCUGUAUCUCAAUUAUUAUAAUUUUUAGAAUUCUUUGUUUUAAAAUUUAUUGGAAUAGAAGUUAGAUGAAAAGUUUAAGAAUACAUCUAUUACUUAAGAUGGUUUGGAUUUAUUGAAGGUAAAAAAUAAUAUAAAAUAUUAAUCUAGAAAUUAUUAUUAUUGAAUCCAACCAAUAGAAUUUCUUGUCAUGAAGCUCUAAGGCAUGUAAUUUUUAUUUAUUAUUGUUUAAGCCAUUCUUUAAUAAUUUCCAAUAACCAGAUGUUGAAAAUUAAAAUAUGGAUAUAUUGUCAGAGUAUUUUAGUGUUUAAUAAUGA